AAGUCCAACGAAACCCUAACGCCCCCAAACAGCCCGAGUGGAGUUGCAGCUCAGACAGCGAGAGAGAUGGCGAAAUCGUUGAGAUCGAAGAGAGAGAAGAGGCUGAGAGCUAUAAGGAGAGAGAUUGUAGAGCCCCUCUACGACAAGAAGGAAGCCGCUAAGCUCGCUGCUCAAGAAGCCGCCCUAGCCGCCCCCAGACUCCCCGUUCGUUCCCACAACCCUAGCGAUGCCUCCGCCGCCGCCAUGGACCUGACCACCUCAACCGCCGCCACCGCCGCCGGAGGGAACAUGGAUGUGGAGAUGGAGGACGACAAUCCAAGCACGCAGUCCUUAAAACCUACCCCUAAAAUAGGAAAGAAGUUGAGUAAGAAGAUCAAGUUGGCUAAAAAGAAGCAUCGCGACGGUUUUGGUAAGGGCAAGAUCAGGAGGAAGCACAACGUUUAGUUGUCGAAAACAAAAGUUUAUGGCAAUGACUUUUUCCUUUUUGCCUUUUUCCUAUAGCUAUUGUCUUUACGGUUGCAGUAGUUGCUAAGCUAAAUAUACAUUGUGACAACAGCAGUUUGUUGGUUAUGAGGUUCCCAUCUUUAUUUUGAUUUUGA